GCGGACCCUGCGACUUCGAAACUCUACUCGACUUUCUCUCCGAAGCCGCCGAUAAACGUUGGGGGUUUUUUUUUUGAAUCCAUCCCCCUCGACUAUACUCCCCUCUACCCCUCCGCCACCAUGGGCAAUACCACCAGCGCAGUCCUGGACAACCUCGUCCAAGGGUCCAACUUCGACAGAGACGAGGUCGAUCGUUUGCGGAAGCGGUUUAUGAAGCUGGACAAGGACAACUCUGGCACGAUCGAACGCGAUGAAUUCCUCAGCCUUCCUCAGAUCUCGUCCAACCCUCUGGCAACACGAAUGAUCGCCAUCUUUGACGAGGACGGCGGCGGCGACGUCGACUUCCAAGAGUUCGUCACAGGCCUCUCGGCCUUCAGCAGCAAGGGCAACAAGGAGCAGAAGCUGCAGUUCGCCUUCAAGGUCUACGACAUUGACCGCGACGGCUACAUCAGCAACGGCGAGCUCUUCAUCGUGCUCAAGAUGAUGGUCGGCAGCAACCUCAAGGACCAGCAGCUGCAGCAGAUCGUCGACAAGACCAUCAUGGAGGCCGACCUCGACAAGGACGGCAAGAUCAGCUUUGAAGAGUUUACCAAGAUGGUGGAGAAUACCGAUGUCAGCAUGAGCAUGACUGUCGAUCAGUUCUAA